AUGAGCACAAUAAAUGAACUGCUAAGCUAUUUUGUUGGUGAAAAUCAAGAACAAAAUGAAAUAAACGAAAAUGAUGAAAAAGAAAAACGAGAAAACAUUACAGUAAAGCGAUACUUCCCUGGAAAGAAACCCCACUAUGCUAAAGACUCUGAAGAAGAAGAUCAAAUCGAUGAUGAAGAAGACAAUGAAGAAAAUAGAAAUCAAUUAUUUACAAAUAAUUUAAAAAAUAAUAAAAGAAAAGAUCCUCAAUAUGUUGAAAUUCCCACAGGGGUGCAUGUACGUAAUGAUGAAACCAAAAGGAGAUAUGAAAGAUUAAAAAAUAUAAAAACUGAUGUGCAACAGAGGGUUGAGCGAAGAAUGCGAGAAGUUACAGUUCUUAGCCAUGUUGAGGAAGAAAAAAAAGAAGAAAAAAAAAAAGAAGACAACACAGAGGAAGAAAAUAUAGAUGAAGAAAAUAUAGAUGAAGAAAAUAUAGAUGAAGAAAAUAUAGAGGAAGAAAACAAAAAUGAGAAUGAUAAUGAAAGUGAAAGUGAAAGUGAAAGUGAGGAUAGCUACUUAGAAAGUGAAAACGAUAAUAGUGAUAGUGUUGUAAAACAUGAAUUUGUUUCUAAAAAGGGUAGAAAAACUCUUUUAGAAAAUUUGGAAAAAGAAGAAAAAGAAAAAAAAAAAUUGGAAAAUAUAAAUUCAGAAAAAGAAUUAAUAAAUAUAGAAAAAAAAGAAAAUGUUAUAAAAGAGACACUAAAUGCAGAAAUUAUGGAAGAAAUUCUAAAAAAUAAAAAAAAUAAUUUUUUUUCAUCUGAAGAAGAUUUUGAAGAUGAUGAAAAAAAUGAAGAAUUAAAUGAAAAAGAAUAUGAAUUAUGGAAAGCUCGACAUUUUGAAAGAUUAAAAAGAGAUGAAUUAGAAAGAAAAAAACAUGAAAUAUUAAAAGAAGAAAUUAAAGAAAGAAGAAAUAUGACAGAUAAAGAAAUAAUAGAACAAAAUAAACAUUUACCACAUAAAGCCAAUCAUAAUAAAAAAAAAAAAAAAAUAUUAUUUAUGCAAAAAUAUUAUCAUAAAGGAGGAUUUUAUCAAGAUUUAUUUGAAGAAGGUAAAGAAGAAAUAUAUAGACGAGAUUAUAAUGAACCUACUUAUGAAGAUAAAAUUGAUAAAGAAAAGUUACCAAAAGUUUUACAAUUACGACGAGGAAAUUUCGGAAAACAAGGUCAAACAAAAUAUACACAUUUACUAGACAAUGAUACUUCAAAAAAAGAUUCUUUAUGGAAUAAUCCAAAGUUUAAUUCUAAAAAUAAUAAUAAAAAACAAGAUUUGUUUGAUCGACCAACAUAUAAAAAAAAGUAG